AUGGCAGAAAAACUUGUGGACAGCAAGGAGGCGGCGGUGGGAACAACUCCUACCGUCGAGGCAGGAGAAACCUUUGACGCCGACGAGUUAAAGUAUGGUGGUACCAAACGUGGCUUGACAUCUCGCCAUGUUCAGCUUAUGGCCAUCGGUGGAAGUAUUGGUACGGGUCUCUUUGUGGGUAUCGGAGGCGCGCUCUCUGAAGGAGGACCACUAUCCAUUUUCCUGGCAUUCAUCAUCUAUCCGCUUCUUUUUGCGGUUCCCACCACGAUUUGUGUCGGCGAACUUUGCACUAUACUGCCAAUGCGUCGAGGCAUCUUCGAAAUGGCGAAUCGAUAUGUGGAUCCAGCGUUUGGUUUCGCAUUUGGAUGGGCGUAUUUCUAUGCCGCCGUCGUCCUGGUCUGCACAGAGGCAUCGGCCGUGGUUUCCGUCAUGGGAUAUUGGAAUAUCAAUGUGAACGGGGCAGUAUGGGUUUUGAUGGCUAUGGUCAUUAUCAUUGCCAUCAACGUAUUUGCCGUGAAAUACUACGGAGAAGCCGAGUUCGUCUUCUCCAUUUUGAAAGUAUUGCUCGUUAUCGGGCUGGCUCUCCUCACUUUCAUCACAAUGGUGGGCGGCAACCCGAAACACGACGCCUAUGGCUUUCGAAAUUGGAAACAUGGUAACGCUAUGCACGAGUACUAUACAACCGGAGCAACAGGGCGGUUCUUGGGUUUCUUCGUCGCCAUGAGGUAUGCCGCUUUUUCUCUUGGAGGCCCCGAUAUGAUCGCAUUUGCCGCCGGUGAAAUUGUCAACCCGCGAAAGUCAAUUCCACGAAUGGCCCGACUGGUUUGGAUUCGAGUAGCUGGAUUCUACCUUCUGGGAGUGCUCUCGGUCGGAAUUAUUUGCUCAAGCAGAGAUCCACAUCUCCUCAAAGCCCUCUCGCAGGGAUCUACCGGUUCAGCUGCUUCUCCUUUCGUGAUCGGUAUCCGGAAUUUGGGCAUCAAAGGCCUGGACAGUCUGGUCAAUUUCGUGAUUCUCACUUCAGGGUGGAGUUGCGGGAACGCAUACUUCUAUACUUCGACAAGAUCGUUGUAUCAGCUCUCGAUCGAUGGUCAGGCGCCCAAGAUCUUCCGCAAAUGCACGAAAAAAGGAGUACCAAUCUAUGCGGUGAUCGCGGUAUCAUUGUUAUCCUGCUUAACCUUUAUGGUUGCCAGCAACAGUUCGGCUACUGUCUUCAACUGGUUCGUGGGACUAUCGACCUGUGCAACGCUUAUCAACUACACGAUGAUGUUGACGAUCUGGGUCGGAUUCUACAAAUCCCUUCAAGCCCAAGGUAUCAGCCGGGAUUCUCUUCCGUGGAAAGCGCCGUUCAUGCCAUACCACGCCUAUAUUGGUAUUGGCACUGGCCUCACCCUCAUCCUAUUUCUAGGAUUCGACUAUUUCGUUCCCUGGGACACAGAAGGGUUCAUAACGACCUAUUUUGGAAUUCCUUACGUCAUGGUGCUGUAUGGCUUAUGGAAGAUCAUGAAAAGGACGAAGCACGCCAAAUGGUCAGAGGUUGACAUCUUCGCGGGUAAGGAACAAAUCGACAGGGAGUGCGAGUAUUGGGAGAACGCCACCGCAAAGGCCGACGAAGAGAAGCAGCAAAACGUCUUCCAGCGUACCUGGGGGAAACUGUGGGACUCUGCGGUAAUCUGA